AACAAGCAAAAGUGGAAUUAUAUGCCCACACAUGUGCCACGAGUUUCUAACCUAGAGGUUAAAAUACAGUAGGGAACCUUGUAUUUAAACUUCCCAUGCCACUAAACCUGUUCUCUGGUUUUGUAAUUUGUAUUAAUUAAAUGUGAGGUAAAGUAUGUCCCACCUGACCUCAGGAAUUCCUCACCUCCACCAUUAAAACCUAAAUAACAUGACAGACAGCUUGAACACCCACACACUUGUAAACAGAGACGUCUCUGUCAUUUUGGGUGAAGAUUUACUACAAGAAAUAAGUUGGAAGUUACUUCAGACGACCUUGGGGUAGUUACUUAAUUUCAUUGACAGGUUAUUGACAGAUUAUCCUCCAGAAACAGCCAUAAAGGAGGUUCUUAUUCCCUUCAGUUGUGCAUGCCUGAUAAAAGGCAGUUUUCGUUUGACUCAAACAUCCAGAAACAACAUUUAAGAGACAGCUGUCGUUCAUUUUCAUUGGUGAUUCCAAAUAGAAAAUCUAAUCAUAACCUUGACAAACAGUUUUGGAGAAUUUAAUGUUUUCUCAUUCAAAGAGUGACCUGACCAAUACCUUUAAAUACCUGCUACACCCCCAAAUCGUCUCCAGAAAAAAUUUCUUUCUGUAUUUUCCUUUUCCGACAACUGAACUAAUUUCGCGCCUCGUGGGACUAUUCGACUAUUCAACCACAAAAUCGAGCAGGACACAAGAACUCCUAAAGGAUCUCCAACCUCCACGUGCAUCAAGAAAAAGAGAACUGGAGGCAUCUGAACCCACGUGUGCAUUAUGAAGGAGAACAGGUCCUCGUGUCAGAUGGAGCAGCUGCCCUGUGCAUGUCUACUGGACUGCCACAGGCAGACCCACUCCCGCAGCGCCGCCGCCACCAUCCCUCUCAGGCACAGAGCUAACGGGGCUGUGGGCGCCUUGUGCAGCAGUCCCAACUGUGUGGUGUCCGACAGGCUGGAGGACUCGGGGAAAGGGCGGUUCGGGACCGGCAGGGUGCUGGUCACAGGGGGAGCCGGGUACUUCGGAUACAGACUGGGCCGUGCUCUGGCCAGACAGGGGGCCGCCGUGGUGCUGCUGGAUCUCCACCAGCCGCCCUGGGACAUCCCCGAUGGAGCCGUCUUCCAGCAGAUCGACAUUCGGGAUUAUGAUACUCUGUAUAAGAUCAGUGCAGGAGUGGACGUCAUAUUUCACACUGCGUCCUAUGGGAUGUCAGGACCUGAACAGCUGAGGAAAAAGCAGAUCGAGUCAGUUAACGUUGGCGGCACAAACAAUGUCAUAAAUGUGUGUGCGGAGCGGGGCAUCUCCAGACUCAUCUACACCAGCACAGUGAAUGUGGCGUUUGCCGGACGGCCCAUUGAGGAUGGAGAUGAAGACUCAGUACCCUGUGUGCCGCUAGACAUGCACAUCGACCAUUACUCCAGGACUAAAGCUAUCGCUGAGCGCAUGGUGCUCGCUGCCAAUAGGAGAUCAACAAAAGGUGGUGGUCUUCUACACACAUGUGUCCUGCGCCCCUCUGGUAUCUACGGUCCUGAAGAGAGAAGGCAUUUACACCGAGUGAUGGUAAACGUGGAAAGACGGUUCUUCAGCUUUUGUUUUGGGGACCCCAAUGCCAAGAUGAACUGGGUGCAUGUGGAUAAUCUGGUGACGGCGCAUGUUUUAGCAGCACAAGCACUUACUGCGGAGAAAGCCUUUGUGGCGAGUGGCCAGGCGUACUUCAUCAAUGAUGGGGAGUCGGUUAAUGUCUUUGAAUGGCUAACACCACUGUUUGAAAGACUGGGUUACGGUCGGCCACUGAUUCACCUUCCUGUGUCUCUGGUCUACUCAGCAGCCAUUCUGAUGGAGCGGCUGCAUGUGGCUUUGAGACCUAUAGUGGAAAUCCCUUUGCUUCUGACCAGAAAUGAGGUGAGGAACAUCGCAGUCAGUCACACCUUCAAGAUCGAGAAGGCUCAGCGUGAUCUGGGCUUCAGUCCUCAGAGAUUCAGCCUGAAGGAUUCGGUGGAUCAGUAUCUGCAGAGUCGACCGGUGCGCUCUGCCUCGUCCUUCAGCGCACAACACCUGAUGCUGCUGCUGCUGAUCUGCGGGUUCUUCGCUCUCUUCAUGCACUGCUUAGCCUGAAAAUGGCAAGCCUCACGUACAAACAAAAGCUAGCUGAGUUUCAGUUAAAAGGGGCCAGUUAUGCAAAAAUCACUUUUAUAAGGGGUUUAGGCACAGUUGUGCAGAAAUACUCUGUGAAUAUAACCAGCUUCUAAUGCUAAAAAUUUAUUAAUUAUAUUUUGUAUAAUCACACUUGAUAUUAACAAUCUGCAGAAACAAUUUGAUUUACAUCCUCCCUUUCUACAUGUCAUCAGAGGAGAAAAACCCCGCCCACUAGUGACCAUCUCUCCCUCAUAAGCAUAGGAUGUUAGUCUUUGAAUCUGUAGCUAUGCUGACACAUAGGGAUUUGUAGCUCCGCCCU